AAAAUAUAAAUAAAAUCAUUUUUUUUUCCAAUUGUUCAUUCCUGGGAAAGAGUAAGAAGCAGAUAGAACAAAGGCCUCCUCCUUCCGUCCGCUCUUCCCGAAGUGAGCCAAUUGCAUGUAGAGAUCCGUAGGGGCUUAUAGUUUAAUUGGUUGAAACGUACCGCUCAUAACGGUUAUAUUGUAGGUUCGAGCCCUACUAAGCCUACCACCCUCUUCUCUUCACCCGAUACAAGGCAGUCGAAGUCCCUGCCACCCCGCAGAUCUCAAUCUAGCAACGGCACUUGGAACCGCACUGCUGCCGCUGCCCUUCGGGCACGCCUCCUACGCUUACCACUCACCUACGCUCUUGCAGCAUGCUCCGUUCGGGCAAUACGGCUUUCGUAAUACGCGAAGCAGCGCUGAGCGAUAGCUCUUCGAUCGCUAUAUUCUUGCGAUAGCGAAGGCGUGGUUCAUCGUCAAAAGAACAACAAUGGGUUGUAGCAUUUCCUAUUUUUUGAUUUGCUAGGGGAUUUAAAAAAGAGGGCUUUCUCAUCUAAAGGCAAGGGUUAACUUUCUCACUAUACAAUGACCACUACGAACGAAGGACCAACGACGAUCUUUGAAGACACUAUUUCCAUUUUUUUCCGGUAUGCCGCUCCGCCAGCAAGGAGCGAAAGAAGCAAGUGAGCUGUGGUAAUGUCAGAAUUUGCACCUAUUUCUAUCUAUUUAGUGAUCAGUCCGCUAGUUUCUUUGAUCCUACUCGGUGUUCCUUUUCCAUUUUCUUCCAAUAGUUCGACCUAUCCAGAAAAAUUGUCGGCCUACGAAUGUGGUUUCGAUCCUUCCGGUGAUGCCAGAAGUCGUUUCGAUAUACGAUUUUAUCUUGUUUCAAUUUUAUUUAUUAUCCCUGAUCCGGAAGUAACCUUUUUCUUUCCUUGGGCAGUACCUCCCAACAAGAUUGAUCCGUUUGGAUCUUGGUCCAUGAUGGCCUUUUUAUUGAUUUUGACGAUUGGAUCUCUCUAUGAAUGGAAAAGGGGUGCUUCGGAUCGGGAGUAAUCACUAGUGAUAGGGCAAAAAUCGGGGAGAAGGACAAA